UCAGAUCCGAACACAGCCCAGUUCUCUGGGUCCCCUCCCCUUCUCUCUUCUCUAAGCCAGCUGGCCUGGCUUAAUAGCACUUCUAUCUUUCUUUCUUUCUUGAUUUCUUUCUUUCUUUCACUUUCCUUUUUUCUUCUUUUUAAAAAAAAAAUAAAGAUCUUGUUUGAUACAAGGGAUUGACUGAUCCAAACCCACAGCUGGAGCUGCUGGAGGAGCUUCCAGGUGAAGACGAGAACAAAAAACACUGGUGCUUUUCGCUGACGUGCAUGCGUUAGCGCGUGCUGCUCCAGGACAGGAGACUCCCGGAUGGACUGAACCGCUGGACGGAGACACGCGAGUAGGAAAGUGACGCAGAGACACACGCGAGGCUGAGCGAGAGAGGAGCCAGCAGUUUUGGGAUUGAAAAAGAGUGAGCAGUAAAAGAGUGAGCAGUAAAAGAGUGAGCAGUAAAAGAGUGUGAGCAGUAAAAGAGUGAGCAGUAAAAGAGUGAGCAGUAAAAGAGUGAGCAGUAAAAGAGUGAGCAGUAAAAGAGUGAGCAGUAAAAGAGUGAGCAGUAAAAGCUGCGAAGACCCCCGAGAGAGAGAGAGAAAAAAGAACAGAAGACGUUUGUGAAAAAAGUGCAAAACGAAAAAGCGAAGAUGGGGAGGAAAAAGAUUCAGAUAGCACGGAUUAUGGACGAACGGAACAGACAUGUGACGUUUACGAAGCGUAAGUUCGGCCUGAUGAAGAAAGCGUACGAGCUGAGCGUGUUGUGCGACUGCGAGAUCGCCCUCAUCAUCUUCAACAGCACCAACAAGCUGUUCCAGUACGCCAGCACUGACAUGGACAAGGUCCUGCUCAAAUACACAGAGUACAACGAGCCGCACGAGAGCCGCACCAACUCGGACAUCGUGGACACGCUGCGUAAAAAGGGUUUAAACGGCUGCGACAGCCCCGACAUCGAGGCCGACGACUCUGCCGGCCAGAGCCCCGAGUCCGACGACAAAUACCGAAAAAUCAACGAAGACAUCGACCUCAUGAUCAACAGACAGAGAAUCUGCCAGGGCCUGCUUCCCUCCAGCUACGAUAUGGGGGUCUCCAUGCCCAGCAGCAACCCCAGUGGCCUGCUGUACUCACACCCCGGGGUAAACUGUGGUUUAGGGAACCACAACCUGCUGCCCGUCUCUCACUCACAUCCCUCCCUGCAGAGAAACAGCAUGUCCCCCCAGAGGCCGUCCAGCACCGGAAACGCAGGUCUAAUGGGUUCAGAGCUGACGAGCAACGUGGUCUCCAACGUGGGAAACGGUAGCUACGGUAACCACUGCACAUCCCCUGGGCUGCUGUCUCCAGCAGGCGUCUCCAAGAACAUGCACGAAAAAAGUCCUCCAAUGAGCAUGAGCCGUAAGCCUGACCUGCGGACGCUGAUGCCCCCGGGCUCCAACAAGUGCAACAACAUGCCCACCAUCAACCAGAGAAUAAAUCACUCCCAGACUGCCCAGACGCUGUCCACUCCGGCAGUGUCCAUCGCUGCUCAGACCCUCCCUGGACAGUUGAUGGGCGGGUAUCCGUCCACGCUCUCCUCUUCUUACGGCACAGAGUUCUCCCUCAGCAGUGAUCUCUCCUCUCUGUCUGGCUUCGGAGGUUCUGGUCUUGGAUCGGUCACAUGCUGGCAGCAACAGCAGAUCCAGAACCUGCAGCACUCAGCGCUCGGACACAUGGGGAACUUGUGUCAGAACCUGAACGUCUCGUCCGGUCACCACGCCAACGUCAACAUCAAGUCGGAGCCGGCCUCCCCUCCCCGAGACCGCCACCUCGCCAUGAUGGCGGCCGGCGGCUACCCCGGCGGCCGGGGCCCCAACGAGGCGGGCCGUUCCCCCGGCGACAGCGCGUCCAGCUGCGGGAGCUCGUACGAAGGCAGCGAGGAGCGCGAGGAUCACCACGGCAACAACUACCUUCUCCAGCCUAUGUCCAAUCAGGAGGAGCGCCACAGCCAGACGGUCAAACGCAUGAGGCUAUCGGAGGGCUGGGCCACAUGAGGGGAGCAGGAGGGCUGUUCGUAACGUUACCUUAGAGUAUUAAUAUUAUUAUUAUCAUCAUAUUCUUCUUGUACCGAGUGUGGGUGUGCUUCUGUGUAACGUAACAUGUACAUGAGGGAGGGGAGCGUCGCUACCCGAUGUGAGUCGAUCGCAGAUGUGAGUCGCGCAUGCGUCACUUUGCGACAAGUAGCCUCCAAUAUACUGUCUAUGGUUUUGAGCUAACACUAGCAAUUAAACAAUCAUAGACAGCUAAAACGUUUUUUAAAUGACUGCUGGCUAAGAUGCUAACGGCGUUUUGAGCUAACGUUAGCACUCGAACAAUCA